AUGGAGAAAUUAUCGCACCUAGCAAGUCUAUCCAGGCGCAAGGAGGCGUUUUCCGAGCCCGAUGUGAUGUUCGGCAUAGAUGUUGGCAUGUGCUUCACUAAAGUCGCCUAUGCUAUUCAUGAGAGCGGAGAGUACAGAGUGUGCAAUUUUCAAAGUUGGACGGACCUCGGGGGCGCCGAGAAUGCAACUGACUACGUUCCGACGAUCCUGUAUUACGAGAAGGAACAUGGUUUAUUGGACGAUGCACCUAAACAGAUCGGCUUCAUGAAAAAACAUCAGAGAGGACAGCUCAGAGCUUACGAAUGGUUCAAAGAACAUUUUCCGGGCAAUCUCCCCUAUUCCCCUGAAGAGCCUGGGAAGACCCAAGGAACAUCCAACACACAUUCCUCCAGCACCGACACAUUCAUUCUUUACCGACAUUUGCUGACAAAGAUAUAUGUGGCUAUCAAAAAUUUGGCUUCGGAGAUGUUGAAGGACGGGCCGAACUGGGAAGACGCUUGCAUCGAGUUCAUCUUCAGCGUUCCGGCCACUUGGAAUAGGCUGACCGAGACGCUUGAUAACAUAACCGAAAGAUUCAGAGCGGUUGUGAAGGAAGCUGGGUUUGGGGAUCAAAAUCAUCACAAGGUGAUGAUUGGUCUUACAGAGCCCGAGGCAGCAGCUGCGUUCUGCUUAUCAAGUAAUGAUGACAGUCAUUAUAUCCAGGAUGGGCACAAGGUGCUGAUGGUUGACGCAGGUGGCGGUACAACGGACAUCUGCCUCCUAGAUAAGAGACCGUCGCAAACCGGCGAAAUUACCAUCGACCCUCUAAGCGCUCCUGUGGGGGAGAAGCUAGGCUCAUCCCGUAUCGACAGAUCUUUUGAACGCCUCGCCAGAGACAAGUUAAGGAAGUUAGCUCAUGACAACCACCUGACUGAGAUUUGGGAUACCACCAAGAUGAGUCGCGAAAUGCGGGAAACACCUGAUUUCCAGAACAACAAGAAAAGCUUGGACAUGACUAAGAUCAGGAACGGAGAGUAUUUCACUGUGCCACUAUCCAGCGCAGAUUUAGGACUGACAGGUGUUCCUGAUGUGCUUGCUGGAGACGAUGUUAUGAACAAUCAGCUGAAGUUCGAUUUCCUCGAGUUGGCGAAUAUUUUCGACGAGGCCGUCCUUGAAGACCGGGAAGUAUUGAUCAAGGGGCGCCCUGAGACUCUUCCUGGGAUGAUCAAGCUCAUAAAUCGUCAUCGUGAUCAGUUGCUGCAUCGCGGGGAUCGACAGGGCUCGGAUAGCUCUACCGCGACAGACAUAAAUCUAAUACUCCUAUCUGGUGGACUCGGUUCAUCCGCAUACAUCAAGUAUAAGAUUGAAGAGUUUCUAUCCAAGAGCCCCGGAGCUGGAAGCGGAGUAUCAGUGCCCAAGGUGCACACCUUGACCCACCCGCAAAUUGAAGGGAGGCGCUAUGUUGAGCAAAACCAGCCCAGACCAAGUGAGCCGCCGACCCUACUACAUACCUUCGAGAUAGGCGCGCACAAUUUGUUGGUCGAGUUCGUGGUCUCGAAUGAGGUCAAGCCUUCGCGAUUUCCAAGCCGCGAAGAUUUCAUUGCCAAGGUCUCCUGCGACCUUGCAGAGCCAGCAAGAGACCCCGAAGGGAACUUGUACUGCUACGUGGAGCUGUGCUUCCAUGUUGCUAGGGUCGAAGUGAAGUGCUCCAUGAGCAAGGUGGCUUUGUUCAUCAUUUGA